GUCAGUAUCUACAGUAUAUGACGGCGAAGGGCUGGAGUUUCGGUGUCUUCUGUCCUCUGAGAAGCUGGCAUAUUGUUAAGUCAAGAGACCUACUGUAGAUACAUUCUCUUUUUUCUAGGAGGCUGAAAAUGGAAUCUGUGGCCAGUGCCAAUACCAACUUCUCCCUGGACCUUUUCAAGAAGCUCAGUGCUGAUAAUAGAACUGGCAAUGUCUUCUUCUCCCCACUCAGCAUCUCCUCUGCCCUGGCUAUGGUGUAUCUGGGGGCUCGGGGGAACACAGCCACAGAGAUGGCUCAGGUGCUUCGUUUUGUGAAAUCGGAGAUGACCAAGGCCGAUGGCCAUCUACAUCUACAGCAACAAACACAAAACGUGCAAGUUCCUAAAUUCCUGCAGAAGCAGAAAAAGACCGCCCAUUUCAGUAAAGCUGGAGAUGACCUCCAUGUCGGAUUCAGCAAACUGAUCUCUGAACUCAACAAAGCAGGAGCCCCAUAUAAACUGAGCAUGGCCAACCGUCUGUAUGGGGAGAAAUCAUUCAACUUUGUGGAGCAAUACAUCGCAGAGACCAGGAAGCACUACCAUGCUGAGCUGGAGUCGGUCGACUUUAUUACUGGAGCAGAGGCAGCCAGACAGAACAUUAAUGCCUGGGUGGAGAAGCAGACUCAAGGUAAAACAUUUAGAAACCAGAGGACCUAUUGCAUUAUUACAACAGUCUCAUGGUCUGGUGUUCUUUCUUUGAAGCUGGAAAGGGAGCUCACUUAUGGGAAGCUGAUGGAAUGGACAAAGCCUGACAUGAUGGACGUUGAAGAAGUAGAGGUGUCGCUGCCAAAGUUCAAGUUCGAGGAGACCUAUGAUCUCAAGGAGGUCCUGAAGAGCAUGGGCAUGGUAGAUGCCUUUGACCGUGGGAGGUCUGAUUUCUCUGGCAUGUCCUCCGGUUCUGAGCUGUUUCUGUCCAAGGUGGUGCACAAGUCCUUCGUGGAGGUCAACGAGGAGGGCACCGAGGCUGCCGCCGCCACCGCAGCCAUCAUGAUGAUGCGUUGUGCCAUGAUCUCUGCCCGCUUCACGGCCAAUCACCCCUUCCUGUUUUUCAUCAGACACAACAAAUCCCAAAACAUCCUGUUCUACGGCAGGUUCUGCUCUCCCUAAGAAUCCAGUUGCAGCCAGUGCUUCAGUAAUAACCUCUAUAGUCUGCAGGCUCCAAACUCUAUUGGAUUACAGUGUGUUCAAAUUAACUGAGUGCCUUAUAAACACAACUACUAUAUUAUAAUAUGCAACAGAUCUGCUGUGUCAGGAAGACUCUCCUGAUGGUCUUGCUGUCUUUAAUGAUAUAAAUAAUAAAUCGCAUGAUGAAAUUAA